AUGACAGCGCCAACCAUCGCAAAAGCUUUAAUCGUUAAUUGGAUUGCAAGAUUCGGAGUUCCAGCUGUCAUUACAUCAGAUCGCGGUCGUCAAUUCACAUCCACCCUAUUUACAGAGCUGGCAAGGUCGCUCGGCAUAACGCAUCUGAAGACAACAUCGUAUCAUCCACAGGCAAACGGAAUAGUAGAAAGAUGGCAUCGAACCUUAAAAUCAUCCAUUUUAUGCAUCAACUCAGAACGUUGGACCGACUUCCUGCCUACUAUACUCUUAGGCUUACGAACCGUCUACAAGCAAGACUUAGGAGCAUCACCGGCCGAACUAAUUUACGGUACGACAUUGCGAAUUCCUUCAGAAUUUUUCACACACGACAGCCGACUCAAACCCCAAACAGAGUUCGUUACCCAACUCCGAGACGUAAUGAACACAAUCAGACCAUCGAAGACAGCAUGGCAUGGACAGAGGAAAGUAUUUGUGCAUCCCGACCUUGCGACUUGCCCAAAUGUCUUCGUAAGAAACGAUUCAGUUCGUCCAUCACUUUCGAAACCUUACGAAGGACCGUACACAGUUUUAUCACGCGCGGAAAAAUAUUACACAAUCGCAAUAAAAGGCAAACCAGAAAACAUUUCCAUAGACCGAUUAAAACCAGCAUACCUCCCGUACGAGGAUUUACCGCCACCGACCCGUCAAACCAUAUCAACUGGGCAAGAACGUCGUAAUGUAACCUUCGUUUCACAGGACUUAUGA